UCAGAAACACGCGCCUUGGAAAACUCACAUGGAGUGGCUGUAGAGACACUGAGACGCAGUAAACACAGUAAACUGAGCUGAAUUACUAUGAAAACAGCAUAAAGAAAAACAGUAACAACGAACCAGCGGAGCACAGUGUUCGUCCGUGAUCAGCUGAAGUGAAGACAUCUACAGAAAUGGCCACCGACGCAAAGAGACCGAAGAGGGAGGGUGAAAGCACACGUGGCAGUGAGGAUGAGCCUCUGCACAACUUCUUACUGUGGUGUGAGAAAGUCAACCUGAAGCUGAGCGACAAGGUCUACUUAAGUAAAGAAGGGACUGUAGCUGAGUACGGCAUGCUGGCUAAAGAUGACAUAGAGCAGGGCCACAUCCUCUUCUCCAUCCCCAGAACUGCCCUCCUGCAUCAAGGCACUUCCAAAACCAAGAAGGUCCUUGAAGAAGGAAAGGGGUGUUUGGAGAGCUCCUCAGGCUGGGUCCCGCUGCUCUUGGCACUGAUGUAUGAGUACACCUGUGCAGAGUCACACUGGAAGCCUUACCUGUCCCUCUGGCCUGACUUCAGGAAGCUGGACCACCCCAUGUUUUGGUCGAAGGAGGAAAGAGAGAGGCUUUUGAAGGGGACAGGUAUCCCUGAGGCAGUGGACACAGACCUGACCAACAUCCAAAAGGAGUAUAAUGAUACAGUUCUACCCUUCAUGCGCUCACAUCCAGAGCUGUGGGACCCUGAGCGCCACUCUGUGGAGCUGUAUCAGAGUCUGGUAGCUUUCGUCAUGGCCUACAGUUUCCAGGAGCCUGUUGAGGAAGAGGAUGAGGAUGGGGAUGAGGAUGAAGUGCACAACCCUCCUAUGAUGGUGCCAAUGGCUGACAUGCUCAACCAUGUGUGCAACCACAAUGCCAAUCUAGAGUACACACCUGACUGUCUGAAGAUGGUAGCAGUGCGGCCGAUCAGGAAGGGUGAGGAGAUCUUUAACACCUACGGUCAGAUGGCGAACUGGCAACUUCUGCACAUGUACGGCUUCACGGAACCCUUUCCCACCAACAGCAACGACACGGCAGACAUACAGAUGUCCACUGUGUACAGAGCAGCUGUGCAAGAAACUCAGAGUGAAGCAGAACAGCGCCUCCUGGUGGAGAAAUGGAAAAUGCUGUGUGAAAUGGAGACGGUUGGGGAGAGAGGAGUCUUUGUUUUCGGCAAGAAUGGGUCACUCACAGACACGGAACUAUACACAACCCUGAAGGUCCUGUGCAUGAGCAAAGAGGAGUUUAAAGAAUUCCAGGCAAAUGAAGGCUGGGAAGAAGAUGACGGUGAUGAUGAAGAUUCGAAAAUGGCUCAGGCACUAAGCUUUGAGGGGCUGCCAGCUCUGGCUCCAGAGUGGAAGCGACUGUUACAUGUGGCUGCAAGCCUCACAAUGGACCAGUACUCAGAGGACAUGGACUCAGACCAUAGGCUGCUGGAGGAACCAAGAGCUCUGACCAAACUCAGCCCCAGAGAGAGAAAAGCUCUGCAUGUACGGCUCAGCCAGAAGAGCAUCCUCCACCGCCUGCAGCAGCUCACCCAGCACAGUACAGCUUAGUAUACCUUAGCCAGAACAGUUUCCAACACCCAACCCGAGACUCAAUACAGUCUAUUCUCAGAAACGUCUGUGAACUGAAUUGCUUUCACAGUGAAGUCCACCUUUCUCCCCCCCCAAAUACUAUAUGACUCAAUUGUCAUUUAGAUAGGAAUUGGUGCACUGUGGAGAAACUUACCAACUCCAGUUUCUAUAUAGUGGUGGUGACUGGAACCAGGAGUUGCAAUGUCUUUAAUGCAAAUAUAACAAUUUUAUUUACUUUUCAAAACUACUUGUUGAACCUGUGUCUCUUCUGAGUUUUUUUCUACAUGGUGUUGGCAAAUUUGAGAAAGAAGAGAGAAAAAAAAAAAAAAAGUGUUCUUUGGGUAUUAUUUUGCCCUAGAAUGCCCUGCAUGUACCUCUUGGCCAUGAACAAAAUAAGUAAAUACAAUUUUUGUAAUUUCCUAUAAUAAUUUUGUAUUAUAGCAGUUCCCAUCACCACCCCAGUGAACAAUUCUCAGCAAGUGGCUUUCACAUCAAAUGACACUGAAUGACCUCAAUGAUUUAAAAAAUCUAUGCGUAAUUCAGUCAAUGGACAUCCCCCAUAAAAGACAUUGUAAUAACUUCUCAAUGGCAAAUACGACAUGAAAACACAUGAGAAAUGUGUGCAUGGUACAAUACUGCAACAUUGAAAGAUACUCAAUACACAAAUGUACCAACUUAUUUCAGUUCA